AUGCGACAAAUCGCAUCAGUGGGCGACUGGUCGCGCGAGCAUCGCGCCACAGUCGCGCCGAGGGCAGGCGUCCACAUAAGCACUCACUGCGGUCACAGCACGAUCACGCGCGAGUCGACGGGGUCGCGGGGCGCGGGGCGGGGGGUCGCAUCACGGCACACGUGCGGCGGACGCGGGCCGCCCGGGACACUGCCGCCGGCGCCGCGGGCCGGCGCGCGCACCCCCGCGCCCCUUCGCCCGGCACCCCCCCGCCCCACCGCCCCGCACUGCGCGCGCACCUCCGCCCCAACGAUCGCGCUCGAGCCUCCGACGAUUUUUACAUCUGCACUGUUGUGA